AUGAAGCAUUUUGCUGAAAGGAAUUUGAAGCAGCCAGACAGGAUGAGUGAGUGGGCGAGCGAGUGAGAGAGAGGUUCCUCAGUAGGUUGGUGUAAUGUAAUCGGUCACGCGCUGUAAUUCUCUGUUGGUUCUGCGCUGUGUGUGUUCUCUGCUCUCAGCGGAGGGAGUGCGUUUGCGAUGGGGGUCUCUCAGUACCGUCUGACCAGGUUGGCGGUGUUUUCUCUCGGGGUGGACGUGGGGACGGUGGAGGAGGCUCUCUCACAGUUCUCCAUUCUGGCCAAAUCUAAGCAACUCAACAGCACUAAGGUGGUUCUAGACAUCCAGUCUACUACAGUGUGGCUGAGGGAUCGACAUAAACAGGUCCUGGAAGAGUUCACUCUGCCAUCUCUCCUCCGCUGUGAUUCUCUCAUUUCUGAGACUCGUUUUUCAUCCCUUCUUCUGCUCGUCACGCAGAGCUCCACCCAGAAACACCCCAGCGUCCAGUUCUUCAACUGUGCACCUGCCAGGGCGGAGCUCAUUAGAGAUGAAAUACGGCGUGUGGUGUCGGAUUACACACAGAGAGAAAAAAGGUACUGAACCAACCUGUCCGUCAAAACCUGACACAGGGGCGAUCGACAAUGCUCACAUGAGAGAGAGGGAGAGACAGAGAGAAUGAGACAGAGAGAGUGAGAGAGGAGUUAACUCAUGAAAAAGUGGACAAACCAGUUCUACCUGUCUCUACAUAACUUAAGAAGGUGUGACAGAGAGAGAGAGAGAGAGAGAGAGAGAGAGAGAGAGAGAGAGAGAGAGAGGGAAUCAGUCUGGGGGAGUUUUUAUUUCUCUGGACCACCUGAGUGGACAGGUACACUUACAAGGACGUGGGAAGCAGAACGAGGUUGUCUCAGACGGGCAGUAUGGAUUAUCAGGAGAUUCCCAGCCCCCCCAGAGCGCAAGCACCAUUCUCUCCCCCACCAUACGUUACAGCGAAUGGAGUGCCGAAUGGGGAGUCUGAUAAGGCGUUCUUGAGGGCGCAGCAGGAGGUGGACCUGCUGAAUCACUGCUUUGAUGACAUAGAGAUGUUUAUGGGGAAGCUGCAGCAGAUAGCUGAAGCUCAGAGCAUUCUGGAGCAGAGAAACAAGAAGAAGAAGAAAAGUCGCAAGAAAAGCACAGAAGAUGAUCUGCUCAGUGCCAAAGCUAAAGCUCCACCUGAGACAGAGUUCAUCCAAAUAUUCCAGAAAUUCAAAUACGCCUUCAGUCUACUGGCAAGGUUAAAAUCAGCCAUUUCUAACCCCACAUCAGAGGAGCUGGUACAUCACGUCUUCAAACCGCUGGACAUGAUUGUCAAAGCCACAGGAAACCCAGCAUUAGCAGCGUCAGUUAACAGUCCAGCACUAACAGCUGGAGCAGUGGAUCUUCUGAAAAACAACCUCAACCUGCAGGAACACACACUCUGGAGCUCACUAGGACCAUACUGGACAUAUCCACGGUCAGCAUUACGUGGUCCGGUGGCUCCGUACUCUCCCGUAUUUCUGGGUGGAUGGAAACUUCCAGGGUCAGAGGUGGAGGGCUGGGUCGAUCCGGUCGAGUCACAACAUAGGAAGGACAUUGAGAGGGAAAAACAGGAGCUCCAGAGUUCUCUCCAGCCUCCAGCGCCCACUGUUCCUGCAGAUGAAACUGACGGUGGCGUCCCCCUCAAGGAGAGGCUGUAUCGCUGCAGUUACGAUUUUGUGGCUCGAAACAGCAGUGAGCUCUCAGUACUGCAUGGAGAGACACUCGAGGUGAUCGAGUCGUCUAAGCGAUGGUGGAAAUGUCGCAACAGGUUUAACGAGGUCGGUUUCGUGCCGUUUAACAUUCUGGAGCCGGUGUCGCACAUAGAGAGCCCAGUCAACAACAAACCAGCCAAGGCUCCGGCCCCUCCUCCUUUACCGAAGACGACAUCCUUGGCUCCACCCAGCCCUCGUGCCGGGACCCCUGAAGCCAGAUUGCUACCCCCACAACACCUGCCUGAAGACACAGAGAAAGUGAUGCAGGUGAAUGAUGAGCUGUUGAGGAGACUGACCAAUGGUAAAGCUGCGUUAUCUAAGCCGCUGGUCAUCCAUCGUUCGGUUGAUACCGCCGUCCCACUGGACUAUCGCUCACCUCCUGCUGAAGUUGAAGCUUGGCUGCGUGGGAAAGGAUUUAGCGAACCGACAGUACAGUGUCUCAGAGUGCUGACCGGAGCUCAGCUGUUCUCUCUGAAUAAGGAGGAGCUACGUGCUGUUAUUCCUGAAGAGGGCGCCAGAGUCUACAGCCAGCUCACUGUACAGAAAGCACUGCUGGAGGAUGUGAAGAAGGCCUCAGAGUUGGAGGCUGUGAUGGAGAAACAGAAGAUGAAAGUGGAUUUUAAGGCGGAGAGCGGAACACUCUAACACUCAGACACUCUGACACCCUGACACUCUGACACUCUGACACUCAGACACUCUGACACUCAGACACUCAGACACUCUAACACUCAGACACUCUGACACUCUGACACCCUGACACACUCACGCAGCUGUAAUAUUCAUUUAGAAUGGUGUACAGUGGAGUCCAGAAGUCCGAGACACAUUAUCGGCUUUUAUGUGUUUCCUUUUUCAUUUAAACCUGGAUUAAAAACAAAAGAAAGUUUUAGAGUUCUGAAAAAACAAAGAAAGGUUAUGGGAAGUAAAAUAACGAAGAAAUAUUUCUCUUUCUCGGUCAACAUUCAAUUUUAAUCAGAUUUGUGACACUGACCAUUUUUUGGAAACUUUUCCUACGAAUCCUGCAUAUGGCAUGCAUAACACCUUUUAAAGCCAUGAGGUUGUAUAAUUUAGGUAAUUACACUUUUAGAAAAACGUUGAAGUCUUUAUUAAGGGUUAAUUAGUUAAGACAGUGGUUCUACAGAGAACCAUGAACACUCAAAGCAGCAUCUGCAUGAUUAACUGUUCUUUGCAUGAGGAAAGUGUUUUUCAGAUUGAUGUGUUGUAGAUGGUUCUAUAUAGAAACUUUUUGAAAAGGGUUCUAUAUAUCACUAUAUAUAUAUAUAUAUAUAUAUAUAUAUAUACGCUCUUGUUCUAUGAAGAGUUCUUCAUGUCACUAUAACUACUUACAAGCAAUUCUACAAGCUUAUGCCAGGCAGAUGUCAUGUAGGCCAUAUAACUCCUUAUGAAGCAUUUCUAAAGCGCUAUGAAUACAGGAUUCAGAGGGCUGCGGAUUUUUCUCUUCCAGUGAAGCUCGUGUUCAGAUGACUCUCAGGUGGAUCUGAUCUGCUGAUCAGAGACUUUUACACAAACUUGUGGAGUCUACUAAGAAAUCCUGAGAUUCAUGUUAAAAUUUCAAAUAUUCUACUUUUCAGUCAAAUUGUUUUGCUGAUAAUAUCUUUAGUAACGAAAAGGUCUGUAUUAAAUUAGAAGAGACUGUAAAUAGAGGCAUCUUCUCUGCAGCUCUCUGCGUUUGGACUCCGCUGUAUGUGAUGUGGUGAAAUGUUUAUAAUCUGUGCUGUGAUGUAUAACCUGUGGAGGCCUGUUCCAGUGUAUUUAAUGCUUUUACACACACACACACACACACACACACACACACACACACACACACACACACAAAUCCAGUGCCAUUCAAAAAUUCUAAAAUAACUAUAAAGAAUUCUUGAAAUAUUGUAUUUUCUUCAUUUGCUGUAAAACUCUUUAUAAAGUUAAUAUAUGUGUUAAUAUAUGUGCAAUAUACAAUAAUGAUGAAUAUUCAAUAAUAAACUGUAUAAAAAUA